AUGGACACCAAAUCUAACGAAGACAUAGAUAAUAAAGAAGACAAAAACAUCGAAGUUAAGAAGAAGAAGAAGAAAAGAAAAAAAAUAAUAAUAAAUGUGCGAAAGAAAGUUCUGCCAAAGGGAGAAGUAACGAUUGAGGAUAUUUCCAGUUCAAAUGCGCUGGGUGAAAGUCUGACCGAUAGUCGGAAUGGGAAAGGCGCUUCAAGAUGGAAGUACGUCCGAAGGAAUAGUAAUCCGAAGGAGCCCUCCAAGGCAGCCAAGAAGGCUCGCUUCUUCGAUCAAGAAUACGACAUCGGCGAGGUAAGAGGGGGAAUGCGGAAAAAGAUAAAAGAUAAAAAUAAGGGGUUCAUAUAUAACUGUGCCGAUAUUCCAAACUGCCCCAUUUCUGAGAUGCUCCUAAAGCGAAAGAAAAAAAAAAUGAACAACUGCACCCAAGAUAUCUUUCCUACUCACACUGUGAUGUCUUCUUCAAAGAGGUGA